GUUAAAAAGAAACGAUCGAAGACUAAGCGUACCGAAUUAGUUCAUAUUAUUGGGGUGAAAAAUGAAUAUCAAAUUUUGUAUCAUUUUCUCAUUAUUUCUUCGCAACGUAAUCGCCAGAGGCGGAGAUCGCAUCAAUCCUUUAUCUUCAGCUUCGGAUUUAGGGUUUCCAAAUCAUGGUUAUGUCGUUCUUGCAAGGCACUUGUUCGAGGACAACCAAGCUCGCCACCCGAGAACUGAUAUUACUCGUGGCUACAUGACUAAUUCUGAAUUAGAGAAGGCGGUGAAGGAAUUUGGGCGAAGAUGUAGUCACAUUUCUAGAGUAUACAGUAUUGGAAAGAGCGUGCAAGGUUUCCCCCUGUUGGUGAUAGAGAUCUCUGACAAACCAGGCAAGGAAGAGCCUGAACCUGCGUUCAAGUUUGUUGGUAAUGUUCAUGGUGAUGAACCUGUUGGUCGUGAACUUCUUAUACUUCUUGCGAAUUGGAUAUGUGACAACUAUAUGAGAGAUCCAUUGGUUAACUUGAUCGUUGACAAGGUUCACCUUCACAUACUUCCAUCAAUGAAUCCUGACGGAUUUUCUCUUAAGAGACGUGGUAAUGCAAAUGAUAUUGAUCUAAAUCGAGAUUUUCCUGAUCAGUUUUUCCCCUGGAACAAUGAUGAGGAUGCACGACAACCUGAAACAAAAGCAAUUAUGAGUUGGUUGAGAGAGAUACAUUUUACAGCAUCUGCAAGUUUGCAUGGGGGUGCACUUGUUGCAAACUAUCCGUGGGACGGCAGUCUGGAUAAAAGGAAGCAUUAUUAUGCAUGUCCUGAUGAUGGAACAUUCCGGUUCUUGGCAAGCAUAUAUAGCAAAUCUCACUAUAACAUGUCUUUGAGCAAGGAAUUUGAGGGAGGAAUUACAAAUGGAGCAGCUUGGUACCCCGUAUAUGGUGGCAUGCAAGACUGGAACUACAUAUAUGGUGGCUGUUUUGAGUUGACCUUGGAGAUUACUGAUAACAAAUGGCCUAAUGCCAUGGAGCUUCCUACCAUUUGGGAGUACAACAAAAUGAGCAUGCUAAAUCUUAUUGCAAGCCUUGUAAAGACAGGAGUUCAUGGAAGGGUCUUUUCUUCAGAUAGGGGAAGGCCAUUGUCUGGGUUGAUCACAAUCAAGGAAAUAAAUUACACGGUAUUAUUUUCACACAAAUCUUAGUGCAAGGAUUCUGAUUUGAAGUGUAUCAAUUUAUUCAGCGGCAUUAAAAGAUUGCAAUUGACUUGUCGGAGUCGCUUUGAAUUUGUAUAUACUAUGAUCACCGAGAAUCCAUCAUUUCUCCUUAGAAUGGAAAAUUUAAUAUGCUUAUAUUUUACCUGUUAUAGGAUAUUAGAGAGCAUUUUGGAAUCUGUGAAGUUCUCUUUUUCUCAGUUCAGGAUGCAAUUUCUGCAGAAUUUUGAGCACUAGAAACCUGGAAUACCUUGAGGAUAUGCUUCAUAAUUCUGUUUUCCUUUAUUUGCCAACCUGUUUUGGUUAUUAAACCACUAAUUAC